AUGCCAUAUAGUACCUUGACAACAUCUUCAUCUCAUCAACAUAUUCACUAUGCAAAAAAAAACAGACUAAAAUCAUUGAUAAAGCUUGAAGGGAUUUUUCCUCCUCCUUCAACAAAUAUAAAAUUUCAUUUAGUGGAACCAAUUUUGUUUCUCAGAGGAAUCCCACAAGAAUCUGUAGGUUGUUUCUUGAGAGGUAAAUUAAUUCUGAACUUGAAUAAACCUACAAAGAUAAAGAAAAUAGAAAUGAAGUUUGUUGGAAAGAUAAAAACAUUUUGGCCAGAGGGAAAGAUUUAUACUGGUCCUGGCUCUCAUGGAAACGAGUUAUGUGAAGAACACGAAGUCAUAUCUCACAAUUGGACAUUUUUGUCAUCACCAAGAGGAUCCAACUCAAGGUUCUUUAGUUCAGGAUCUUCAUUUCAAUUAUUAGAUGCCGGUGCUCAUAUUUAUGAUUUCGAAUUAUACCUGCCCGGUAAUCUGCCCGAAACAAUAAAUGCUGAUCGUGGUAAAGUCUCUUAUAAACUUGUUGCACGUGCUAUACGUUCUGGAUUACAACCAAAUAUUAAGGCAUCACAAGACGUGCCCAUAAUACGAACAAUAUUUGAUGAAAGAAAUGCGGAAGGAAUAGUCUAUGCAAACGAUUGGAGAAAAACGUUAGGUUAUGAAAUAAAUUUGUCAAAGAAAGCAUACAUGCUUGGUGAACCAAUGCAAAUUGAUUUAAAAUUUAGUCCUCUUAUUCAAGAUAUACAAAUUAUUGGCAUCCAGUUAAAAAUUCAUGAAGAAUCUACUUAUAAAUCUAAUGGUCAAAAAGUUACUGAAUCUCAAACUUUUGAUGCAUUUCAUUGUCGAAUUGACGACCCCGAUAUUUCUAAAUCUAUUGAUGAAGACGGAAAAAUUUAUUGUCACAUUAUGCCUCGAAUGCCAGAAUGCACUGGUCCGAUUCAUUAUUCAUGUAAAUCUUCUGGAAUAAUCAUAACACAUAAAUUAAGAUUUCUUUUCACGGUAAUGACACCAGUUGCUGAUAGUUCAAAGGGCAAAAAGAAUAAAUUUGAAGUCAAUAUGCCAGUUACCAUACUUUCAUGUAUAUGUGCUGAUGAUCUACCAACGUACGAUGAAGGUGAAUUCAUUAACGGGUCAUUGCUUCAAUAUGGUAAUGAUCUAAUAACUUUUACGGCAAUUCGAUCUCAACAAGAUCUAUUUUUGAGGGAUUUACCGCCAAACUAUGAAAACCUAUUGAAAUAA